CGGAGGAGGUUGUCAGGAUGGCGAACUUCAAGGGUCAUGCGCUUCCAGGCAGUUUCUUCCUGCUCUUUGGGCUCUGGUGGUCUGUGAAAUAUCCGCUGCGAUAUCUUAGCCAGAAAGUACAUAAGAAACCCCACAGGAUUUAUUGUUUCCAGCGUGUGGAUGCCAUCGAAGGGGGAAUCAAAAUCGUCUUUGCUCUAAUAGGGAUGCUGGCAGAGCAGUUCGUCCCGGACGGUCCGCACUUGUACAUCUACAGCGGGGAGAACCACGACUGGGUGAAGCUGAUGAACUGGCAGCACACCACCAUGUACCUCUUCUACGGCCUCUCCGGGAUGGUGGACGUCUUUACCUACGUCUCCCAGGUGGUGCCGCAGGGUCUGGAUCGCCUCAUGCUGUCCAUGGCUGUGUUUGUUGAAGGUUGUCUCUUUUAUUACCACGUCCUUCACCGCCCUAUGCUGGAUCAGCAUAUCCACUCCCUGCUGCUCAUCGCCAUCUUCUCAGGGGCCUGCAGCACCAUGCUGGAGGUCUUCCUCCGUGACAACAUCGUCCUGGAGAUGUUCAGAGCUGGUGUCACCAUCGUCCAAGGAACAUGGUUCUGGCAGAUCGGGUUCGUGCUGUUCCAGCCGUGGGGAGGUCCGAUGUGGGAUGAGAAGGACCACAACAACAUCAUGUUCAUCACCAUGUGCUUCUUCUGGCACUGGGCAGCCGCUGUGGCCAUCCUGACGAUAAACUACACUCUCACUUGCUGCUGCGUCCAGAGGUGCAGGAGAGGCGGCGAGCCCUACAUCGGCCUCGGAGUCCGGCAGCAAAAGUGUGACACGAGCUCCCAAGCUGCCUUCUUAAAUGGAUCUGAUGAAGAAUGA